AUGCCCAACACCGUCGUCUCCAGCAUGGCUCCGGCCGGCCAUAACGACAAGCUGGGCCUCAGCCGGGCGACUCUGGCUCCCUCGCCCACGCUGACCAACCCGGACAUGAUACUCCCUUACGGCGACAGACGCGAGUCCUCGACCCCGUCGCCGGCGCUCGAGGACCUGCAGCGGGCGGCGGAACACUCCAGGCUGCUGGCCAACAGCUACUCGCUCAUGCACCAGCGCAACACCUCCAUCUCGACCACCACCUCCUACGACCGCAGCUCCUCUGGGCACGACGACUCGAUACACCAUUACACUGCAGACAGCUCGGCUGAAGGGUCGCCGCGAGUGACUGUGGGUGCGGGUGCGGGUGCGAGUCCGGGCGCCGGCACAGGCACAGGGAACAGCGGGCUUAUGCGAUCGUCCCAUAUGGCGGAUAUAGAUCACUCGACAAGGACGCAUUCGAGACGGCAGAGUAGGGCCAGCACCAACAGCCUGGACGGGUUCGCGGAUGCUGCUGGCUCCUCCUCCUCCGGGCUCGGUGCGAACAACGGGCUGUCCAAGCGGCAUUCGAAGCUCAGAGAGCUGCAGGAUCUGCCGGAUGGGUUCUUUGAGCAGGAUAAUAAAGCGCAUACGGACGACGACACGACCGCAGACGACCUGAGUGCCGUGGUCUUUGAACCGGAACACCGUAUGCUCCCCAUGGGCGCAAUUGCAGAGGAGGAUGAAGACGGCGAAGAGAAGACGGAGACGGAGAAGGAGAGGGAUACGGCAGACAAGAGCGACAGAGUCUACGAUGAGCUAGAAGAGCUCACUUCUAUGCUGGAGAAUGCAAAGCUGAAGCUGACGCAUAUGGAAGGCAACCUGAGUCGCGCAAGGAGCUCGUUUCGCAUGACGCCGUCACCUUCGCCGUCCCUGAAUCGGUCCUUUGGCAGCGUCGGAAAUUCAUACUAUAAGCCUCUCGCAAAGGGGGAGAGACGUUCCCAGACUUCUCUCGCAGGCGCAUUGCUCCGUCAACGGGCUCAUCAAGGGUUUGCCGGAAACGGAUCCCAUCUUCGAGGACAGAGUGAUCUCGGUUCUCCGUCACAAUCGUCUUACAACCGGCUAUCAGGCAUGAACGGGCAAUUCAGGUCAUACAGUGCUCUGGGGUCCACCAGUGCCUCUGAGUAUAAGAACGGAUUCUUCUCCCAUGCAGAAGAAGAAGAAGAAGAAGAAGAAGAAGAAGAGCAAGACAACGGCACCAAGCAGCAAACGACCGAAACCAACGCCCUAGACCCUGAAGCUACCACUGACGGGUCCAUUUCCAGGACUCCCUCGUCGCAGUCUGCAUCUAUACCAAACGCACAGUCACGGACAUCACCUCUUCCCAAUGGUGACAUCAAGAGCUCGCCUUCAUCCUUGAAAUCUCCCCUAUUGAUCAACAAAUCUGACUCCAGCAGCCAGUCCACAACUCCUCCAUCUCCCGCCAGCGCACAGCUUCAAAUGCGUGGUCUACAGGGCCAGGUAGAUGGCCUAAGGUCAAAGCUUUCCUCACUCAAAGAAAGGACCCAGGAGGAAUCCAUUCGCAGACGUAGCCAGCAAAGCCUGCGGACACCCAGCCCGUUUACCGUAGCAGAUGAGAGCUACACCAAUCCUCUCGAAUUAAGACGUUCUUCGUACCCAGAUACUCUCUCCACCCCUAAUUAUAAUAAGACGCAGUCUCCUCCUCCUCCUCCACCAGCUGCUGCAUACAAAGAAGAGAACCAAGAUACUACAUGCAAGCCAUCCCCAACUCGGUCUGAUGAGCAAGAUAAGCCGAAAGCCCUAGACGUGGAAGACAAAGAGAUUGCCAUAGAACCCGUCCAGAAGUUGGCGUCGAAUCCCUUACAGGACACCACCGAAAGCCCCAUCGAAGGACCAGUCGAAGAGCCCGAGCCCGUCGAGGAGCCAGUUGACGGGCCCAUCCAAGGCCCUGCUCAAGCCCCCGUUGAUAACACUGCUAGGGGAGUGGCUGAAGAAACCGACGAAAGCGAGUCCGAGUACUUUGACUAUUCAGACUAUGAAUCUGAAUCUUCUGAGAUUGAUCGACAAGAACUCGAAGAGAUACUACGUGAACCACUGUCCAGCCCACCUGAAUCCGUGUACCAGGACAUCUUGGAAGAGUUCCCUUCCGUCCCAGCGGGCCAGGAGACUAUCCGUCACGAGGACCGCAUUGAUGCCUUUGACUACGAGCAUUUCAUCCUACACAGUGCGCUCGGGACAUACUCGAACCGAUUGACCCGCUCGGGAAGCUUCUGCUCCGUUGGAUCUACCGAAACCACACGUCCAGAUGGCCGUGAAACGCCGAAGAACCGCUCAGCCCUUUCCAGAGUUACCAGCAGCGACUCGAUUUCGACAGAAGCCACGUUUGCCACCGCAAAUGAAGGAGACUAUGGCUACGAUGACGCUCUGGCCUCGCCCAAUGGCCAUGGACCCUAUCCUAAGAGAUUAUCGCCUCAAUACACCGGCGAUUCCUUGACCAUUCCCACCCGCCACUUUACCGACAGUACAUCCACUCUUCCCAGUACACAGUCUGCCUCAUCAACACCCCGGGCCUCCAUUGCCUCAGUGGCUGCAUCACACGAAGAAAACGCCGCAUUAUUAGCCUCUAUCUCCGAGCUUAAACGGGCCGCUGCCGCUCCCCAAACUCCAGACUUGCUUGUCAGAUCUAUCUUGUCCUCAGCCGCUAGCGCAAAAGCCAGUGACGAGUCUGCAAUAUACUCCCCCCAGACCGGCAGCCUAUGCGAUGCUGAUGCGCAGCUUGUAGAGGCAGUUGUCCAGAGUCUUGGAAAUGUGAGCCUUGAACUCCUUCGAGCUUCAACGGCUGACCUCCAAUCUCCCAUCGAUAACCGGAUCGUGACCAUCCUACGACGCAGAUUAGAUGCUGCCCGGAGAAUUCUGGACGGCGUAGCACCCUUGGAAGCCAAUCCUUGA